AUGUUCCAGCAGCUCGAUUUCUCCGUCUUUCACAGCGAUAAUGCCGCUGAGAGGGAGGGGCUUUGCAGUCAACUGGUGUCGAACCUGAAGCAAUUUGGUUUCGCUCGAUUGGUCAACGUUGGCAUUCCGCUGGGAGACAUUGACAGAGCCUUCGAAAUAAGCCGAGUUUUUUUCCAACUACCCUUGAGCGAGAAGUUGAAAUCUCCCCACCCUCCCACAGCCAACCCCCACAGAGGUUACAGUGCAUUCGGCAUUGAGAACGUCUCAGCCAUCUCAAAUCACGGCACAUGCAUAGCAAGGCCUCUGCUCAAAGACAUGAAGGAGUCUUACGACAUUGGGUCCCAAGAAGAUGCGCUCUAUGACAAUAUAUGGCCGCCCCCCGGUGUGCACGACGCGUUUCAACCGGCUUUCACAUCCUUCUUCUCAACCUGCUAUCGCGCUCAACUGUCCAUCCUGAAAGCCAUCUCCAUUGGGCUGGCGCUCCCCGAGCAAACUUUGAGCCAGCUUCACACGGAACAAGCCAACGAGCUACGCUUGACCCAUUAUCCUACCGUGCCACGUGGUGAUUUUUCCCACUCAACUCGCAUUGCCGCUCACACUGAUUUCGGUACCAUUACUUUAUUAUUCCAGGACGACGUCGGUGGAUUGCAAGUGGAGUUGCCGUCCGGAAGUGGGAAGUUUGUUGAUAUCGCGAGUGGAGGACGAUAUGAGUGCAUUCUCAAUGUCGGAGACUGCCUGCACUUGUGGACCGGUUUGCGUAGCGCGAGACAUCGCGUGCAUUUACCUGCUUCGGGUAACGCAGGUAAGACGGCGGAUUCAGAGGAUGAUGUGGUUGACGAACGCUACUCCAUCGCCUACUUCGCCAAGCCCAAUCGAUCAGCGAGUUUGCGUCCUUUACUGCAAGACGCAGGGGCAAGGGCAGAAGGUGUGUCAUAUAUGACCGCCGGCGAGUUUCAACAAAUGAGAAUAUCAGGAACGUAUUAG